UUGAACACCCGCAGCAACGCGCGGGCACCUAUUCUAGUAAAACCUAUAGCAGAACUCUAAGGUUUUAAGCAGAGCGCGGCAGUGGAUAUCCCUUCCAUUUUGUCGUCUAUCCUUUUCGCUCCGAUGAAGCUUCGGUGUGGAUUGUGGAGAUUGGGCAUUAGGGUUUAGCACAGAGUGGUGGUGUUUGAAGGUCAAAACGUUUUCUCCGGCUUGUCUUGGUGAUCGACGAUUUUGCAGCGUGGGGACGCAGAUCGAUUGAGGUCGGAUCUCGGAGGUUAGUUCGGGAGCCAGACGGGCUCCGGUGCCGGUGGAGAGAGUUGGAAUCGGGCCAAGUCGACCGACCCAUGUUGAGGACGAGUUUGGGUUGUCUUGGACUGUGGAUUCUCGGAAAGAGGCAGAAGGCUUAGUUUUGGCCGGUGGUGUAAUGGUGGUGAGGAUGGGCCUGAGCUAUUCCAAAUGUUCAAUUGAAGCGGCAACACCAUCCUAUUGAUGCAAUUUUAACCAGGAAAAGAAUCCAAGUUUCUUCAGUCUGAUUAGAAUUGCAAUUGCCUAUCCUUACCGAUCACAUUUGCUCAUACUUUAUUCUUGAAACCUGACUAGAACGAAUUCUCUUUGCCCAUCUCCAACUUGAUCAAUUGAUUGAUCAACCCAGAAAGCGAGCUUUGCAGAAAAUACCCAGUUGGCCCCCCUCAACAAGCAGUGAGCAGAGAGCAGGUAGGAAGGAGAUGAGUGUCUCAGAUCUGCCAAAGAAGGAGGUAAAUGUACUUAAAGGGCAUGAGGGAGCAGUAUUAGCAGCAAGGUUCAAUAAAGACGGAAAUUACUGCCUCAGCUGCGGGAAAGACCGAACCAUCCGACUCUGGAACCCUCACCGUGGCAUCCACAUUAAGACAUACAAGUCCCAUGGCCGUGAAGUCCGAGAUGUCCAUGUCACCUCGGACAACUCCAAAUUAUGUUCAGGUGGUGGCGACAGACAAAUCUUCUAUUGGGAUGUGGCAUCCGGUCGAGUCAUUCGAAAAUUUCGGGGCCAUGAUGGAGGGGUGAAUGCUGUGAAGUUCAAUGAGUAUGCAUCUGUUGUAGUCUCAGCAGGAUAUGAUCAGUCAUUGCGUGCUUGGGACUGCAGGUCUCAGAGUACUGAGCCAAUUCAGAUAAUUGACUCGUUUACAGAUAGUGUAAUGUCUGUUUGUUUAACAAAGACUGAGAUAAUUGGUGGAAGUGUUGAUGGAACUGUUCGAACAUUUGACAUUCGUAUGGGAAGAGAGCUAUCCGAUGACUUGGGACAACCUGUGAACUGUAUCUCAAUGUCAAAUGAUGGUAACUGCAUAUUAGCAAGCUGCUUAGAUUCAACUAUACGACUCCUCGACAGGUCUUCCGCUGAAUUACUUCAAGAAUACAAAGGCCAUACUUGUAAGUCUUACAAAUUGGACUGCUGCCUUACCAACACUGAUGCCCAUGUAAUCGGAGGAUCUGAGGAUGGUUCAAUUUUCUUCUGGGAUCUAGUAGAUGCAUCUGUUGUGUCAAGUAUCCGAGCACAUUCGUCAGUGGUUACAAGUGUCAGUUAUCACCCAAAGGACAACUGCAUGGUUAGUUCUUCUGUAGAUGGCACUAUUAAGGUGUGGAAGACUUGAGAAAGCAACGAUGCAGCUUAACAUGUGCUGCAAUGUGGAUUAACCAUGCCAGACUGAUUCUUGUACGAUUCGAAGGAGAACUGCGCAUUCCAAGCACCUUGUGCUGAAGCGGAAACUUUCAGAUUAUAGAGUGAAUUAGUUUGGUGGUACCUGUUGCAUGUUUUUGCAUGGUAUCUUUGAAGGAACUCGAGGACUCUAAUUAGUGUAUGUUAGUUAUCAUAAAGUUCGAGCUUAUUGGGAUAUAUGUUUCUUUUGGAACUACCCUAAGGAAAUGUUGCUGCCGGAGCUAUAAAAGCUUCAUAUUGGCUUCUAUACACAACAGAUUUACAAAUACAGUUCGAAACAAAUGUCAGAGGCAUGAUUACAAGAUUCCUGAGCUAUGGAUAAAUUUCAAGGGACUUUGAUCCCUUUGUGUUGAUCACA